ACAGCAAGUGCCAGGACACAUGGCCAAAGCCUGUGGAGCCCUGGUCCAUGUUUCCAUUGCUGUCAUGAAAUUCUUCUCGGUGUCUUUACUGUGCACGCCAACAUUUCAGGAGUCCUGCCCAGCCCAGCCCAGCAAGGCCCCAAGCCAUGUCAACCAAGGAAGAGAAAGACAUGGAGAGGAGUGCCAAGCGCCCAAGGGUUGAUCCAAAUCUCCCAUCAGAUGACUCCCAGAACCCAGAUGCCAUCAUGCCCGCAAAGAAUCCAGCAGUUGAUACCAGUGAGGUGGGCAGCUGUUACUCAGGAUCAGAUGUGCAAGAGGCGAGGGAGCCUGUUCAGAAGAGGACACAGGAUUUCAAAGGUAGCAUUAUCCAGUCCCUUCUGGCAAAGAGGAAGCAGUUUGAAAAGGACAUAAAUGCCUCUUUCCGAAGCCUGAACAAAAACCUGCAGAGUAUUUUCAGAACCCAACAGAAGUCAAGGCAGGAACUUCACUCCAUGCACUCACAGAUAUUUGAGUCCCUGUAUCACAAGUGGCUGGACGAGGUGGGGAGAGCAAGGGAGCAAGAAGACCACCUCAACGAUUUUUGCACAGGCCUGACAAGACUAUCGCAAUCUGUGACUGGUCAGACCAUGCGUAUAGCUCAGCAACAGAUGAAGAUCUUACAGAAAGCUAUAGAGGAUCAUGAAACCAAGAUUGAAAACGCUAAAGAUCUAUGCAAUGCAUUUUUGAAGAAAGCCAAGGACUUGCAUGAACAUCGCAAAGCUUUUGUUGGUGGUGAACGAAGUGAAGUGAAGAAAGAAAUCUCCAAGGCUCAGGAAAGAGUUAUCAUGGAAACUCAAGAGCAAGAUGUGUCUGUCGUUGAAACGUACCUUCAAUCCCUGGUCGUUGACUGCCCUGAAGAAACCAUCUGAGGCUCAGGAAGAGGACGCACAGGGAGCAUGGGCCUUGCUAAUAGGAUGCUCGUAGUAGUCAGUGCAGCUAGCUCCUUUCUCUUUACUUGGUUUGUUAGAAGUAAGACUGGGACUCUGUUAACCAUUGGCUGAACUCCAGACUGUUCUUAGAGUAGCAGCAGUUAAGUGUGGAUCCUCCAUCCCCUGACAGCAAAGGAGAUACAUUCUCCCCACCAGUGGCACUUAAAAAUUUGGAAGAAAAUACUGUCAUUUGAUUUUACGAUAGGCUUCUUUGGUUUCCCGUCUCUCCCCCAAAGUGAAUGUUACCUUACUUAUUUCAGGAAGAAAUAAAUAACGAUGGCAUUCA